CAUCUUUCCUUCACAAACAAAACAUUGACAGGUAUGAGAUUGCUUGUAGUCCCAAGUUAACAAAUAAAAACUUUUGAGUCAAUGCACACAAUUCUAUAUUGAUCAAUGAUCAAAGUUAAAUAUUCAUUUGGACUACAAAGUUUUCUUAUUUAUUACAUUGAAUUUCCAUGCAUUAACACCGAUCAUCUCCCAUUCUUUAUCGCCUUUCAUAAAAAUUCCCAUUAACUGAUAAACUAAGCUUGCAGCCAUGGCAGAAGUGCAAGAAAAAGUGAUAAUAGUUGGGGCCGGUCCUUCUGGCCUUGCAACUGCUGCAUGUUUAAGCCAAUUCUCAGUCCCAUAUAUGAUUCUUGAGAGAGAAGAUUGUUUCGCUUCACUAUGGAAGAAAUAUUCAUAUGAUCGUCUUCAUCUUCACUUGGCUAAACAAUUUUGUGAACUGCCCCAUUUCAAGCUUCCCAGUUCUUGUCCAACCUAUGUUUCAAAAAAUGAUUUCAUACACUAUUUGGAUGAAUACGUUUCUCAUUUCAAGAUCAAUCCUGCAUAUGGAAAAUCAGUCAAAUCUGCUGUGUACGAUGAACCCACAAAGAAAUGGAAAAUUCAGGCCCAAAAUGUCAGUUCGAAUAAAGUCGAAGAAUUUUCAUGCAGAUUUCUUGUUGUCGCUACUGGAGAAACGUGUGAUGCAUUUGUACCUGAAUUUGAAGGUCUAAAUACAUUUGCAGGAGAGAAAAUUCAUUCGACACAGUACAAGAAUGGUGAAAAGUUUAGAGAGAAAAGUGUUUUGGUGAUUGGGAGUGGGAAUUCUGGGAUGGAAAUUGCACUUGAUCUUGCAAACUAUGGUGCCAAGACAUCCAUUGCUGUUCGAAGCCCGAUUCAUAUAUUGUCAAGGGAAAUGGCAUAUAUGGGACUAUUUUUGCUGAAUUAUGUGCCCUUCAAUUUUGUUGAUAACUUAUUGACAUUUCUCAGCAAAUUAAUCUAUGGAGACUUGACCAAACAUGGAAUCAAAAGACCACAAGAGGGCCCAUUUGCAUUGAAAGUUAAGUAUGGAAAGUACCCAGUCAUUGAUGUUGGGACCUAUCAGAAAAUCAAGAAUGGAGUCAUUCAGGUGCUGCCUGGAAUAACAAACAUAAAAGGCAAUGAUGUGGUGUUUGAAAAUGGGAAAGAACACCCUUUUGAUGCUAUAAUAUUUGCAACUGGCUUCAACAGAUCCACAAACCAAUGGCUUAAGGGCGAUGAUUAUCUUUUGAAUGAAGAUGGACUUCCAAAGCCUAGUUUCCCAAACCAUUGGAAGGGUAAAAAUGGACUUUAUUGCAGUGGACUUUCCAGGAGAGGAUUCCAUGGAGCUGCCUUGGAUGCCCAAAACAUAGCAAAUGACAUCAAAGCUCUACUUUGAAAAAUCUGAGAGCUUGGUACAUUUGUUAAGUUAUUUAAAGUGUUCAUAAUGUCUGAGUAAUUAAGAAUAACUUACUUUUACUUUUAAGUGUUUUACUUUUUUGAAUUCUUGAAGGCUGUAUAAGAGUUAGUUGUUUAAUUCCAUUAAUUUGAGUGACAUUAAUGAAAGUUGCACGUUCCUUCUUGCAA